AUGAGCGUUGAACGGCCACUGAUAUCGCCUGACCCCCGUAGGAAGUUCGGCAAACAGAUCCAGCGCAGGCAGCUAGAUCUCCCUGAAUAUGCCGCCAGUUUUGUGAACUACAAGGCGCUGAAGAAGCUGAUCAAGCAGCUCAGCGCCACACCGACUAUUCCGGCACAGAGAACAGCUGAGGAAAUUGCGAGAGCAAAUGCUGAUCCGCAGACUGCUCUGCGUGCGAAUAAGGAGGUGUUUUUCUUCCGCUUGGAACGAGAGAUUGAAAAGGUUAAUACUUUCUAUCUUCAGAAAGAAUCAGAGUUUUCGCUGCGCCUAAAAAGUUUGGUCGAUAAGAAAAGGGUCACUCAGUCUCGGAAUACGUCAAAUUCCAAAGCUCCCUCCAAUUUUAUGGCCAUGUUCGAAGGCUUCCAGCAAUUCGAUGGUGACUUGAACAAGCUACAGCAAUUCGUCGAGAUCAACGAGACUGCCAUGUCCAAAAUCCUCAAGAAAUGGGACAAGACCUCGAAGUCUCGCAUGAAAGAAUUGUAUCUGCACCGCGCAGUCGAAGUGCAACCGUGUUUCAACCGGGAAGUUCUCCGGGAUCUUGCAGAUAGGGCUACCACCGCCCGGCUGGAGCUAGAGGCCUGGGCCGAGGGAGAGAACAUUCAAUAUGAUGCCUCGCGUCCAUUGGAACGGGCUGCACCCGUGGGCUUUGAGGAAGAUGAGAUGGAUAACCAGAUGCUGCAGUCAGCCUCCACCGGCAAUCUGCAAACUCUACGUGAAUGGCUGGUCAGGUUACAGCAGCUCCCGGACGCCCGGGAGCGCGCCACUCGCACAUUCCUGACGGCCAUCAACGGGUUCUCGGACGAGGUGCUAGCUCUGAUACUGGAGAGUCAACUGGUUGAUCUCCAUGCUGAGGACGACAUCAACGAAAGGAACUGUCUCCAUGAAGCGGCCAUCUCGGGCCGGACAUUUGUCUUCCAGGCAGGCCUUAAGGCAUCCGUCGAUUUCGCCCGGGCCGACGUCUAUGGCCGAAUCCCUCUGCACUACGCGUGUAUGCACGGCCGUGUGGAUAUGGUGCGGGAUCUGCUAACAGCCGGCCCCCAUACGGUUGAUAUCACAGACCACGACAACUUUACCCCUCUCAUCCACAGCAUUGUCAAGGGCCAGCUGGCGUGCGCGGAGCAGGUCCUGUGUAGCAAUGCCCGUGUCGAUCCGGAGCCGGAGUCGCCUUCUUUGAAGGGACCGGAUCAUAUUCCCUUGAACCUCGCCUGUCAGCACGGCUCCCUUCCCAUCGCGAAGAUGCUUCUUGAGCGAAAAGCACAAUUGUUGCCGGAUGCCGAGGGCCUAUAUCCCCAGCAUAUGGUCGCACGCGCCUCACAAUCGCCAGAGCUACUAUUGCUGCUGAAAGAGCACGGCGCCGAUCUCGACCAGAAGGAUAAACUUUACCAGUGGACUCCGCUAUUUCAUGCAGCCAGUGAGGGCUGCGUUCCAUGUCUGCGCACUCUGCUCGAGUGUGGUGUUGAUGCUCAGGUCGCAGAUGAAAAGGGCCUUUCGGCCAUGUACUAUGCUGCCUGGGAAGGACAUCUGGAGUGCAUGCUACUCCUUUGGGCCCAGCCCUCCCGCAGUAAACCUGCAAUGGGUCCGCUGGACAUUCUCAAUGGCGUGCGGAUGCAAGAGCCUGGUCCGAUGGGCGAUCCGAUGUCCAUGGACACGACUGUCUCUGAAAUGGAAAUGGCCGAUGGCAUUCCAGAUCUUGAAUUGCCUCCGCCUAUCAUACCUCUGCGCCGCUACGGCCACAACUUCCUUGACAAGAAGGUGUUCGUCCAGCUUCUGUUCGAUCAAGAAAAUGUUGGGUCUGUCGCGUUUGACCAGGCAGGCCGCCAUCCCGCGGCUCGCAUGACUAUCUCUUCCAAGCUGUCGGAUCUGAUCCCACGCACGAUCAUGCUACCCAUACAGGACGAGACACGCACGAUAUCGUUCCACGUGGAUAACCUGGAUACAUUUGCCGUGGACUUCGAGAUCUUCCCUACCUUCGGCUCAAAGGUGAUUGCCAAGAGCGUGGCUCUGCCAGAUAUUUUCCGCGCCGAGUCGUCGAGCACUGGCUCGUGCUGCUUGCCCCUGUUCGACCCUCGCCUCCGCACGAUCGGCCAGCUGCGCUUCAACUUCCAAGUUAUCAAGCCCUACCACGGCGAUCCCCUGGAGAUCACGCACUUCGCUACAUACUGGAAGGCCACAAGUGCGCUGGACUCAGAGCACAACGGUCUGGUCACCGGCUCCAGUCUGUCCGGCGAUUACAUCCAGCUCUUCGUACAGUUGACUCGAGACCGUGUCGCAGUCCUUUACCCGCAGUUCAUGAUCAACCACCACGGAGUGGACAUACCAGUCUCGCAUUUGACAUAUCGCCAGUUCUCGGCUAUUGGCGCCGAACGCGGUGUCAAGUCACACGAGAUCCUCGAUUUCUUGCAAACAGGUGCAGCACAGGACAUGCCGCAGGUUCAUAGACUCCUGGCAUCGUCAUUCUUGUCACUACGCGACGUCCUGGCACAACUCCCUAUCGAGUUCAACGUCAAUAUCUCCAUCCUCUACCCAUCACCCGCGGAGGAAAAGAAGCUCGAUCUGUCUUCCUUGGCGGAUGUCAAUAGUUUCGCGGAUGCGAUUCUAACUGAUGUCUUUGAUCAUGCGCGUGUGGCUCGUGAAAAGAACCCGGAGUUCAUGCGUUCCGUGGUGUUUACCUCCUAUAACCCCAAUAUCUGUAGUGCGCUGAACUGGAAGCAGCCCAAUUAUCCGGUCCUUCUUUGCAAUGAUCUCGGACAGAUUCGGGAUCUGGCUGGAAAUGUCGACUCUCUGCCCCAUGUUAAUAGCAGUGGCCGGGCCUCGAUGUCGAUUAAGGAGUCCGCUCGGAUAGCCCAGAGUAACAACUUCAUGGGAUUGAUCUGUAGAUCUAGUCUUUUGAAUGUCGUUCCCGCACUCGUGGAAACAAUCAAAGAACUCGGACUGGUGCUUGUGGCCGACACUUCUGACGAAGCCGGUCAGUCUGACCGAAUUGAGGAACUCCCGCCCGUGGAUACCAUGGGCGUUGCCGAGUGGGCAUACCGUAUGCCGGACGGUGUCAACGGUAUCAUGCGCGCGAACGGCAUCCUGCGAUUCAACGAUAUGAUCGACAUGUGA